AUGAUGAUGGAUCAGGCACAUUUUGGAGAGUAUUUGCUGAGACAGCAGAUGUUGCACGCUGCAUCACUUAGUGGCUUGCAACACCGAGUGGGUGCGGACGCAGAGCCGCCGGCGUGCGAGGCGCGUCUACUCAAUGGAGACCUCUGGCGGCGCUUCCACGACAUCGGCACUGAAAUGAUCAUCACUAAGGGGGGCCGGCGUAUGUUCCCGUCUUUACGUAUCUCCCUUGCUGGCCUGGACCCUCGCGAAGAGUAUUGUGUUCUUCUCGAGCUGUCCUUAGUUGGACGGCGUCGCUGGCGAUGGGCAGGAGGUACUUGGGCAGCAGCGGGUGGCGCAGAGCCUCAAUCUCCACGACGGCUUAUGCUACAUCCUGACUCCCCGGCUCCUGGACACCACUGGACUGCUAAUCCUGUGUCCUUCAGCAAGCUCAAGCUGACGAACAACACCAUGGAUGCACAAGGCCAUAUGGUGCUCACGUCAAUGCACAAGUACCGUCCUCGAGUGCUGAUCGUCCGCGCUCGUGAUGCGGCUGCCCUCGCGUGGGGAGCGCCGCAUGCAUCUUUCUCGUUUCCUGAGACUGAAUUCAUCGCUGUCACUGCUUAUCAGAACGAUCGUAUAACAAAGUUGAAAAUUGACAACAAUCCCUUUGCGAAAGGCUUUCGAGCGUGCGGUCAAUCAAAAUGCAAGAGAAAAACAUCAGACGCCACAGACAGUAACCCGGAACCUGCCUCUGAGCCCAGCGAGGCCAAACGGUCUUGUUCAGACGCUGCAUCAUCGUGUUCAGAGGAAGGCAGCUUAAGAUCUUCAUCACCAAGAUCUCCGCCCCUCGUUGAGUCUCCUGCACCUUUAGUUGUUUCUUCAGAGAACAUUACUCCACCUCCUCCUACGUUUUAUCCACCCGAGUUACCUUACUUGGGUAUGCAUAUGCCAAUGCCUCUCGGUCUAUGGCCCAGCAGUCCUAUGAGUGUGCCUGGUGGAUUAUCUUGGGGAGCAGGACUGCCCCCCGCUCUACCCCCUCCCCCUGCCCCGCAACCUCCCUGCAGACGCGUCAAGAGUUUUACCAUUAGCGCUUUACUUGGAGAAGGUUGA